AUGCUCGUCAGCCUGCUCACCGUCGGCCUCCUCGCGAUGGCCAUGCAGUCCCCAUUCCCCGCCGCCCACGCUCACGAGCUCUCCCUCGAGUCCCUGCCCCCCGCCGCGCAGCACCUUUUCCACUCCUCCAUGUCCUAUGUUUCGUCCUACUUCGACCCGUCCGCGUCCUACCUCCUCUCCUCCGACCCCGGCACGCCCGGCGCGCACGACACGCGCUCGUCCGCGAUGUACGCCGUGGGGCUGCUGCUGAGGUUCGACGAAGGAGACGUGGAGAGGGCCGUGGAUAUCAUCGAGCGCGUCGCGGGGACGCAGUAUGCGAACGCCAGCAUGCCGUGGUACGGGACGUACCCGCACGCGCCGGAGGAGCCUACCUCGGGUGGGUACUACGGUGAUGUGAUAUACACGAAUUGGGACCCCAACUGGCGAGACUUCAUCGGCACAGCAUGGUGCCUCGCCCUCGCCACGCGCUCCCACCUCCUGCCCUCCCCCACCAUCAAGACCAUCGAGCGCUCCCUCCUGCUCGCCGCCGAGGGCGUGCUCACGCGCUACCAGGGCCGCGGGCCGUACGCCAACGCGGUGAACGUCGAUAAUACGAAGGACAACUACGACGCGGCAUACACGAACCCCUGGCUGAUGAGCACGUUCCUCCUGAGCUACGUCGGGCACCGCAUGGGCCGCGCGGACCUGAGCGCGCGCGGGGAGGCGGACGCGCGGGCGAUUUAUGAGCUGUUCACGUACGGCGGGUUCGAUACGUUCGCGGAGUAUAACUCGGGGACGUACACGGGCGUCGACGUGUACGCGCUGGCGCUCUGGAUCGGCUUUGCCCCGCCGAACAGCACGCUGAAGGAGUACGGCACCUACAUGCUGCGCCGCACGAUGGAGGACCUCGGCACGCUGUACAACGCGGGGCUGCGCAACCUCGCGGGGCCGUUCGACCGGACGUACGGCUUCGACCAAACGCGGUACCACUCCGUCCUGGGGUACUUCAUCGCGUCCCUCCUCCCGUCCCCCGCCACGCCCGCGCCGAUACCGAGCUCGCUCCCCGGGUCGCUCCACAUCAACGACUACGCGUGCUUCCCGUUCCUCGCCGCCCCGCUGAGCGGGGUCGUGAAGGCCGUCACGCCGGGGUGGGUGCUGGACAGCUUCGCGCGGUUCGAGAAGGGGGCGGAGCGCACCCUGAAGAGGCAAGUGCGCACGAACACGGUGGACCCUACCGCUGUGCGGAACGUCACGGCGUGGCUGGGCGACGGGAUCAGCAUCGGCGGGCAAUCCCUCGACGAGCCCUACGUCCGCCAAUCCUCCAUGGUCGCCGCCCUCAUCCAGUGGGCGCUCCCCCCUAAGUCCAGCACACCCUCACAGCCCCCACGCGUAGGUUACAUCGCGCUGUCCCCGCCGACCGCGUCCGUCGUGCACGCCACCGCCUCCCCCGGCAUCCUCGAGAUCUCCUUCCCGCCCUCUGCGCGCGCAGACGGGACGAACGCGACGCUGCCGAGCACGGUCGUGUUCGCCGGGGGCGGGUUCGAGUGGGCGGAGUACGAACACAACGCGGGGAAGGGGCUGGCGGGCGUGCCCGGGUUGAGUGUGAGUGUAGAGACGAGCGGCUUGGGGGAGGCGGGCGUGGCGUAUAAUGGGAGUAGUAGUUUCAACGGGUUUCAUUCGUGGUAUAUCACGUACCCUGUGACGGCCAGCUGGCCGGAUGUACCGUCGAUUCGAAUCACGGUUAGUCGCUAAACCUGCUAUGCGAUGGACGAACUUGUCCGUUUGGUCACCAUCCUUUAGUGGUGGAGGUUCCCCAUUCGGACUCUUGAAGUGCCAUAUUGUACACAGCAGUUUUCGAUAAGAUGUUUCUCUCCCCCUUGUCCUAUUCAUGUGCAGGACGUUUCCG